AUGGCCGACGAGGAUUCAUCGCUCAAGGCCAAGCACAUCGACGUCCGCACGAAGUUCGUGUGCGACUACGCGCGACGUGGGAUUAUCCUGUCGCAGUACGUCCGCUUGGAUCAACAACUCGCGGAUCUUCUGACGAAAGCACUGGACGCGGAUGUUAUGCAAUAG